AUGCUGCAGGUAAACAUUACUCUGGUCAGUGAGUUCAUCCUGGUGGGCUUUCCCACUGCCCCAUGGCUUCAGGUUCUGCUCUUCUUCCUCUUCCUUGUGGUCUACCUGUUAGUGGUAGUGGAGAAUCUUGUCAUCAUGCUCACUAUUUGGGUCACUAGCUCCCUCCAUAAGCCAAUGUACUAUUUCCUGAGUAGCAUGUCCUUUCUGGAGGUCUGGUAUGUCUCUGUCACAGUCCCCAAGAUGCUGGACGGAUUCCUCCUGCAGAAACAGCGCAUUUCCUUCACAGGUUGCAUGACCCAGCUCUACUUCUUUAUUUCACUUGCCUGCACAGAGUGUGUGCUCCUGGCAGCCAUGGCUUAUGACCGCUACGUGGCCAUUUGCCACCCUCUUCGAUACUCAGUCAUCAUGACCACAGGUUACUGUGGACAGCUGGUGGCUUUCUCUUACAUGAGUGGUUUCAUGAUCUCUGUCAUCAAGGUCUAUUUCAUUUCACAUGUUGCUUUCUGUGGCUCCAAUGUUAUGAACCACUUUUUCUGUGAUAUCUCACCAGUCCUCAAACUGGCAUGCAAAGACAUGUCCACAGCUGAGCUAGUGGACUUUGCUUUAGCUAUUGUCAUUCUUGUGUUCCCUCUCAUUACCACUGUCCUCUCCUAUAUCUACAUUGUCUCCACCAUUCUGCAUAUACCCUCCACCCAGGGAAGGAAGAAGGCCUUCUCCACCUGUGCAUCUCACCUCACUGUAGUCAUAAUUUUUUACACAGCCAUGAUUUUUACAUAUGUUCGGCCCAGAGCUAUUGCAUCAUUUAAUUCCAACAAACUAAUCUCAGCUGUGUAUGCAGUCCUCACACCCAUGCUAAAUCCAUUCAUCUACUGCCUAAGGAACCAGGAAGUCAAGAAUGCUAUCAAAAAGACCUUGAGGGGUGGCUAAUGUCUCCUGCUCCGCUGAGCCCUACUGCCUUAUGGAGAAGACAGUAUCCUAUGCAGGAUGCCAUUCCCAUGACAUUUAUCACAGUCCUAUUGUUAUUAUCACUGAUCUAUAGGCCUGGAUUCUGAAAUAAAUCACAACAUGGGAAAAGUAAAAAAAAUUAAAAGAGGAACAGAAUACUUGAUAUAUAUUGCUUUAAGCAUUAACUAGUAUUAAUAUAUAUGUUAGUGAUUAUCAAUUACUAUUGAUAUUAAUAAUGUUGAUCAUUUUACAAUCUUCUUCCAAUAUUUGCCUCCUAAGUCUAUAAUAGCUAAUUUCUCAUUACAAGAGUGAAUCAAUAGAUUCACGAGAGAUUAAAUAAUGAUAUUACUGUAACUUUUGCCAUUGAUUUGCAUCUCAAGACACUUUCUUUAGUGCUGUUGAAUUUUUGUGUCCCUCCAUGCUAUAUCGUGACCCCCAUCAGCAAACUAAUGGAAUAUCAUUCCAUCAAUAUAUGUCUGAGCUGAAAUUCUCAAUACCUUCCUGCAGUAUAGGUCUACAUAAAAAUUAGGUGAAAAACAAAUGCGAAAUUUUUAAGACAAAUGAGAGUA